CUCUUCAUGCAGACAAAUGCGAAGUGGAGAAGCCUUAAUCAAAGUUUCAGGGUCCCAAAAAACGGUUAGAAGUCAAAAGACAAUGCCUUUUCUGUAUUUGUCUCUAAUUUUUUUAUCAAUCUUUUCGAGCGAUUUGUCUUUCCUUUGAUUUUCCAUUUUACUUUUCUUCUUGUUUAGGUUGUUUGUUCUUCUAAUCUCUGAUGAACAUAUAAAAAAUCAUAAAACCCAGACCAGAAAUCCAAAGAGCUGAAAUGGGUUUUACAGGAAUGAGUUCUAAUUCUGAAAAAGGUGCCCGUUAAUGUAUUACUCUUAAAAGGGUUUCUUAAGGGACUGUUUUUCGAGAUGGGUGUUGGUGACUUCUGGUUUGUUAUCGUCUUCAUUGGUUUCUGCUUCCAAGUUCUGGUCUUGAAUUCUCAGAACGUGACUUGCAACUCUAAAGACCUCAGAGCGUUGGAGGAUUUCUUGAAAGGCUUGGAAUCAGGGAUUAGUGGGUGGGGAAGUGAUGUUUCUUCUGAUUGCUGUAAUUGGACUGGCGUCAAUUGCUCUUCUUCAGCUGUGGGAGUAGAGAAUUCUACUGAUUCGGGCAAAAGGGUAGUUGGAUUGGAGCUUGGGGAGAAAAAAUUGAAAGGGAAUUUGUCUGAAUCCUUGGUUGGUCUGGAUCAGCUGAGAUUCCUGAAUCUCUCUCACAAUAUCUUCAAAGGUACUGUUCCUUCCAAUCUGUUUCAUUUACAGAACUUGCAAGUCCUUGACUUAAGCUAUAAUUAUUUCUCCGGCUUGCUUCCUCUUGAAAGUGAUCUACCCGCACUUGAGUAUCUUGACAUUUCAGAGAAUCUAUUUGAGGGUGCCAUUGAUACUGGCAUCUGUAAUAACUCAACCCAAAUUCGAGUUCUUAAUCUCUCCAUGAACUAUUUCGUUGGAAAAUUUCCUCUUCGUUUUGGUAAUUGUAGUUCGUUACAACAUCUUUGUCUCAAUUCGAAUUAUCUCUACGGAAGUUUGCCUGAGGAUUUAUUUUUGCUAUCAAAGUUGAGGAAGUUGUAUCUUCAGGAUAACAGGAUUUCUGGGUCUCUGAGUGAUAUGAUCGGUAAUUUGACAAACCUCAUCGAAUUGGAUAUCUCCUUCAAUAACUUCUCUGGACCAAUCCCAGAUGUUUUCAGUCGCCUUCCAAAACUCAAACGCUUUUUAGCCUAUUCAAAUGAAUUUGUUGGUGGUUUACCCAUUUCCUUGUCAAAUUCUUCAACCCUCGUCUUGCUUAAUCUGAGGAACAAUUCGUUAGGUGGUUUAUUCAAUCUUAAUUGCUCAGCCAUGACUUCUCUCACCUCCCUGGAUGUUGGUUCUAACCAGUUCCAUGGCCCCAUUCUUGACAUUCUCUCCUCCUGUAAAGAACUAAGAACUAUAAAUCUUGCCCGGAACUAUAUUAACAACCAAAUCCCCGAGAGCUUCAAGAACCUCCAUGUACUAUCUUCCCUUUCACUCUCGAAUACUAGUCUCCAGAAUCUUUCAGCUGCUUUUGGGAUUCUACAACAAUUCAGGAAUCUUACAACUCUGGUUCUUACGUUGAAUUUCCAUAAGGAAGAAAUGCCUUCAGAUACAAGCUUCCACUUCCCCCACCUGAACACCCUAAUUAUUCCAAACUGUGGUCUCAGAGGUUCAAUUCCGACAUGGUUGAGUAACUGCACCAAGUUGCAGCUUUUGGAUCUCUCUUGGAAUCAGUUGAAUGGAACCAUUCCGAACUGGUUGGGUGAGCUGAAGUUUCUCUUUUAUUUGGAUUUGUCAAAUAACUCUCUUUCUGGAGUAAUCCCUAAAAGCUUGACUUCACUGGAGAGCCUCAUCAGCCGCAAAAUCUUGUUUGAAGAGCCCUCACCCAACUUUCCAUUUUUCAUGAAACGGAACCAAACAGGAACGGCAUUGCAGUAUAAUCAGAUUGGUAGCUUCCCUCCUUCCUUGGACCUGAGCAAUAACAUGCUCACUGGACCAAUUUGGCUGGACUUUGGAAACCUGAAGAAACUCCUUGUUUUGGAUCUGAAAGGGAACUUUCUGUCUGGAGAUAUUCCCAGUGAGUUAUCAAUGAUGAAAAACUUGGAGACUUUGGAUUUGUCACAUAAUACUCUGUCAGGAACCAUACCUGAUUCCUUGGUCAAUCUCAGCUUUCUUUCAAAGUUCAGUGUUGCUUACAAUCAACUAUCUGGGAGGAUACCGUCAGGAGGUCAGUUCCUGACCUUCCCAAAUUCAAGCUUUGAAGGGAACAAAGAUCUAUGUGAACGCUCUGCCCCUUGUACUGCUGAUCAGAAUCCUUCUGAAAAACCCCCCAAACAAGCGAUGAACAAAAGGAUUAUUGUUGGAAUGGCUGUUGGGAUUUUCUUGGGUUCAAUUUUCCUUAUUGUUCUUGUGGUUUUGAUAAUUUCAAGGCCACGCCGUAAGACAAGGAAUGACCCCGAAAAAGAAUGCAUUGAUGCCACUAGUAAAGACUUGGAGCAAUUGGGAUCAAGACUGCUUGUUCUGUUCCACAAGGAGAGUAUUAAAGAGCUCUCUGUUGAUGACCUGUUAAAAUCCACCAAUAACUUUGACCAAGCAAACAUUAUUGGAUGUGGCGGCUUUGGUCUUGUCUAUGAAGCUACUCUUCCAGAUGGGAAGAAGGUUGCAAUCAAACGGCUCUCUGAUGACGACUGUGGUCAGAUGGAAAGGGAAUUCCAAGCUGAAGUUGAAGCACUCUCAAGAGCUCAGCAUGAAAACCUUGUCCUCCUUCAAGGUUAUUGCAUGUAUGGAAAUGAUAGACUAUUAAUCUACUCAUACAUGAAAAAUGGGAGCCUGGACUACUGGUUGCAUGAGAAGCUUGAUGGAGCUUCCUCACUAGAUUGGGAGACUAGGCUUCGAAUAGCACAAGGGGCAGCAAGGGGAUUGGCCUACUUACACCAAUCAUGUCAGCCCCAUAUCCUACACCGGGAUAUCAAGUCAAGUAACAUCCUGCUAGAUGAAAACUUUGAAGCCCAUUUGGCCGAUUUUGGACUUGCUAGACUUAUUCUUCCUUAUGACACUCAUGUGACCACUGACCUAGUUGGAACAUUGGGCUACAUCCCUCCGGAGUAUGGUCAAGCUUCUGUGGCCACAUAUAAGGGCGAUGUAUAUAGUUUUGGAGUUGUUCUCUUGGAGCUACUUACAGGGAAGAGACCUGUGGAUAUGUGCAAACCAGAAGGGUGCCGGGAUUUGAUCUCAUGGGUGCUUCAGAUGAAGAAGGAGAAGAGGGAAAGUGAAGUGUUUGAUCCAUUCAUCCAUGACAAGCAAAAUGAUAAGGAAAUGUUACGGGUUCUUGAGAUAGCCUGCCUUAGCUUGGAUGAAUCGCCUAAACUGAGGCCUUCCACCCAGCAGCUAGUUUUGUGGCUGGAUGAUGUUGAUUUCAAUGGCUGACUGGCUUGUCUAAGGGAGGCAAGAAGUUCCAUCUUCCCACUUUCAAGUAGGCUUCCUUAUUCAUGGAGAUUGUACAUACUUUUCUAUGUUCUUAAAUUUUCAGAAGUUUAUGUUCUUUUCCUAACAUGAGGGAGAGCCGUGUAACAAAAGCAACACAUCCAGCUUCUCAGAAUAUGUAAGUUUUAAUCAAUAAAUAUUUUUACUUGUAUAGAAGAGUAA